AUGGCUUCAGAGAAACCCAUGACAGAGACCCUCGAGCGGACGGAGACAGCUGAGGCUCGCAAGGUAAUUCCCAGUCGUGUUGCUGAUUCAAGGACAAUCAAGGUUGUCCAGGGUAGCGAAGCUUACAACGAAGCUCUCAUUGCGGAGCCGCCCUCAUUCUUCCACAAAACCUCGAUCCUCCUCUUCCUCUGCACUCUUCUCGGUUUCUUUUGCCAGACGAUGAAUGGUUUUGACGGAUCGUUGUUCGGUGGCUUGACUGCCAACAAAACAUUCCUCAAGUUCUUCAAUGGCGAGAACAAUGGUAUUUGGGCAGGCUUGAUCUCUUCAAUGUACCAAAUUGGCGGUGUUUGCGCUCUGCCCUUCGUUGGCCCAGCUAUCGAUACCUGGGGACGGCGAAUGGGCAUGUUCCUCGGCGCUGUCUUGAUCAUCAUUGGUGCUGUCAUCACUGGAACCACCAUCAGCAAUCAUGAUCAAGGUCAAUUUAUGGGCGGUCGAUUCCUGCUGGGCUUUGGCGUCUCGAUUGCUUCCGCGGCUGGACCCAUCUAUGUUGUCGAGACAUCCCAUCCAGCUUUCCGCGGUCUUGCCACAGCCUAUUGCAACACCUUCUGGUUCACAGGGUCGAUCCUCUCCAGUGGCGCUGUUCGAGGAGGUCUCAACUAUGGCGGUAACACCUCCUGGCAAUUGCCAGUCUGGCUCCAGCUAUUAUUUCCGGCGCUCAUCUGUAUGUUUUGCUUCGUGAUUCCAGAGUCACCCAGGUGGCUGUACGUGCACAACAAAAGAACUCAGGCCACCAAUAUGCUUGCAAAGUGGCACGGACUUGGCAACCCAGAGUCAGCCUGGGUCAAGCUGCAACUGCGCGAGUAUGAGGAAUACUUGAACAUGAAUGGCUCCGAUAAACGCUGGUGGGAUUAUCGUCCCCUCUUCAACAAGCGGUCAAGCAUAUACCGUCUGGGAGCCAACUGCUGCUUUGCCAUAUUCGCUCAGUGGGCUGGCAAUGGAUCACUUACCUAUUUCCUUCCUGCCGUCCUUGAUACCGCAGGGUAUACGGCGAGCAUUACCCAAGCUAACAUUCAAUUGGGCUAUGCAUGCUUCCAGUUCUUUUUCGCUCUCAUUGGUGCGAGAUUCGUCGACCGCUUGGGGCGUCGUCCACUCAUGCUAGGUGCAAUGGGAGGAGCAUCUUUGGUCUGGGUUGCUGUCACCGUCUGCACCAGCAUCUUUGCCCACUCUGGACAAACGAACACUGCCGCUGCCAAAGCCACAGUGGCAUGGAUAUACAUAUUUGGGGCCGUCUUCUCAUUCGGCAUUACUCCACUGCAGGCCUUGUACCCUGUAGAGUGCCUGUCCUUCGAGAUGAGAGCGAAAGGAAUGGCUUUCAGCAGCUUGGCCGUCAACGCAGGAGGUCUACUCAACCAAUUUGCAUGGCCCGUAUCGCUCAAGGCCAUUGCAUGGAAGACGUACAUCGUGUUUACUAUUUGGUGUGCCAUUCAGACUGUGGUGUGGUACUUCUUCCUGCCAGAAACGCGCAAGAGGACGCUCGAAGAACUUGACAAGAUUUUCGAGGCUAGCAACCCCGUCAAGGAGUCACUCAAGGUACACAGAUUGGCCAUCAGCCAUGAGAACCAAGUCGUGGCCACAGAAGAAGCAUAGGGGUCAUGUUGGAGUCAACCACCCAAUGAUUCAGAAGGUGUCAGCCGAUGAGAGGGCGGUAAACUCCGUACGUUGGAGAGGGAGAGAGAGAGAGAGAGAGAGAGAGAGAGAGAGAGAG